AUUUGGCAAAUGGACAGCUAAUGGGCCCAGCGACUGCAGAACUUUCUAACUAAUUUUUUACGGCUGAUUCGAUUCGAUAAUGUGGUAGUCUUUUCGCGCUUCCAAUCUUUUGGGUUCUUGAGUGGCCGAGAACCUUUUGUCAGCUCGGACCGCCGCAGUAAUUAUGCAAUAGCCACAACCAGUUUGUCUCGCUCGGCAGUCGACGUCGUCAUAUUCAAAUUGACUUUGGGCUGAAGAUGCGACCGCCGGAGAUUUCAGUCGUCAACGAAACGCGCAAACGCACACAGCCAGCUGGAAAUCAAAAAAUAUAAAAAAUUAUUUAACAAAAAAAAAAACGCGGAGACAAAAACCGAUAUUCACGAGUUCUCGAAAGCGCUGUAAAAUUUGAAUUUCAAAUGACCUAAGGAUCUUGCUCCAGUUUUUUUGUGUGCUUUCUGUGCUCCCUAUAAAAGAGUGAUAGCUGCGGGUUCGAGUGUCAGAACAGAUCAAGAUGCUGAGGUGGCCAGUGGUUUGCCUACUGUUCCCGCUUUUGGCCACGGCCAAGGUCUUCGAUCGCUGUGAGUUGGCCAAUUUGCUGCAGCACCGAUUUGGCCUUCCUGCCGCCCAGGUGGCCACCUUGGUGUGCAUAGCCCAGCACUCGAGUGACUUCAAUACGGCUGCCUUUGGCGGAGGAGCAGGAUUGGGCGGUGGAUCCCAUGGUCUUUUCCAGAUUAGCGAUGUCUACUGGUGCUCGCCACCUGGUCAGGGAAAGGGUUGUGGCCUGAGUUGCUCCAGUUUGCGGGACGAUGAUAUCGCCGACGAUGUCCUGUGCGUGAGGAAGAUUUAUGCAGAGCACCUGAGGAUCAGCGGAGAUGGUUUCACCGCCUGGCAGGCUUACGGUGCCUACUGCAGCCAGGAUGCAUCCUCCUAUGUGGCAGGAUGUGGAGGUCCUGGCAGCACAGCUCUAGCGGUGGCUGCCUCCUACCAGAAACCCCAGCAAGUUCAGGUCCACAGCUAUCCUGUGACUCAAUACUACCACCAGGUGGCUCAAGUCCAGCCACAGGGAAAAAUCUACAGCCGUUGCGAGCUUGCCCAGGAACUGUUUUACCAGCACAAGCUGCCCAUGCCGCAGAUUCCCACCUGGGUGUGCAUUGCCCAGCAUGAGUCCUCCUUCAACACAGCUGCCGUUGGUCGCCUGAAUGCUGAUGGCAGUGCGGAUCAUGGUCUCUUCCAGAUCAGCGAUCUCUUCUGGUGUACCCACGAUCAGAGGGCUGGAAAGGGAUGCCAUGCCACCUGCAAUCAGUUCCUGGACACCAGCAUUGCCGACGAUGUGCAGUGCAUCCGGAGGAUCCAUCAGGAACACACUCAGAUCUCGGGAGAUGGCUUCAAUGCCUGGACCGUUUACCAGAGGAACUGCCUCAAUCAGCACUACGAACAGGUAGCAGCCUGUUUUGCCAAGCCUCCGACUCACCAGCACCCCAAUGCCAUUGGUGGAGGAGGAGGUCCUGUGAAGCCCAAGGUCAGCUACGCCUAUCCAUUUGGCCAGGUGCAAGUGCAUCAGAGCCCGGCUGUGAACCAAUAUUAUCGACCAGCGGCGCCCGUUUUGAGUUACCCAUCCAAUGGGGCUGCCUAUUCGGGCAAUCCCUUCCUGCGACCACGACCCGUUAGUCCCCCCAGACAGCAUCCCAAUGCCAUUGGUGCACCUCUUAAAAACCAAUCCCCCGCUAACCCAUUCUAUAGCCACAAACAGGCAGUACAGUAUCAGCCACACUAUCAGACACACUUUCAAACACACUAUCAACGCACGGGUAAAGUUUACAAUCGCUGCGAGUUAGCCCAAGAGUUGUAUUUCUCACACAAGUUUCCCAUGCAGGAAUUGGCCACCUGGGUGUGCAUCGCCGAGCAUGAGUCCUUCUUUAAAACGGCAGCUGUGGGUCGGCUGAAUGCGGAUGGGAGCGCGGAUCACGGGCUCUUCCAGAUCAGCGAUCUUUACUGGUGCACACAUGGCGAUGGAGGCGACAAGGGCUGUCACAUCGACUGCAAUCGCCUGCUGGACUCGGAUAUCACGGAUGAUGUCAGGUGUGUGAGGACCAUUUACGAGGAGCACACCAGGAUUUCGGGGGAUGGUUUCACCGCCUGGACUGUCUACAAUGGACACUGCAGGCAGAAGACUAGAGCAGAUAUCGCCGGCUGUUUCGAGGGUAAAGAUCUGCCCGGGGAAGUCGCGAAACCACCUAGGGGUAACGAGCUGGUCAAGAAGGCAUCUCCACAUUCGAAGGGAAAAAUCUACAAUCGCUGUGAGCUGGCCAAGGAACUGUACCACAAGCAUAAGUUACCCAUGAAGGAGAUUCCCACCUGGGUUUGCAUAGCACAACAUGAGUCCUCUUUCAAUACAGCAGCUGUGGGAAAACUGAAUUCAGAUGGCAGUGAGGAUCAUGGUCUGUUCCAGAUCAGCGAUAUCUACUGGUGUUCCCAUGACCAGACAAGUGGCAAGGCCUGUCACAUUGAAUGCGAUCGUUUGCUGGAUUCAGAUAUAUCCGAUGACGUUCAGUGCAUACGAACAAUCCACGAAGAACACACACGACUCUCCGGAGAUGGCUUUAAUGCCUGGACUGUCUACAAUGGACAUUGCAGAAAUCAGAACUUGGCCCAGUUGAGCGACUGCUUCGAGGGAAAUGAGAUUGCAGAGGCGGAUAAGAUUAGUCCUUAUGGAGAGAGGCCACAAGUGAAGCCUCAUCAGUUGGUGGUCGAGAGCCCACAGCAAAAGAAAGCAACCAGUCAAAAUUAUGUGGGAAAUCCCUUCCUACAAGCAGCUAAGAUACCCCAGCCCACAAAAGUUACAAAUAAAAUUUCGAACAAUAUAUCAGCUUCCAAGGAGCCACAAAGCAAUAAACUCUAUGCAUCCAAUCCAUUUUUCAAUAACCAACUACAGAACAAACCUAAUCUGGUAUCCCAAAAACCCAACUAUGAACGCAAUCCCUUCCUGAAAGCCCCAAGUUCAAUUACACCCACUGCCUUUACUUCACACACUUCAGAAGAAGUCAAGCCCCACGUUAGUUUAUCCUAUGCUCAGAAUCCAUUCCUUAGUCUACUUGGCAAACCAAUUGUACCCGCUCAAGCACCCAUCAAGCCCAAGCCCCAGCCCAAGCCCUCGAGCCCAAGUCAUAGUCCAUCUAAGCCCACUCAGCUGGUCAACAGACCCUAUGUCAGCAGCGACAGCUUCCGCAAUGAGGUGAUUAAAUUUACGGCCACCUCUGCGGCAGCAGCAACAACUUCCAGCGUUACAAAGCAAUCUGUAACAACAACCACACGGAAACCUUUGACAGCGACCACAAGAAAACCAGUCUCAACUGCGGCCAAAACAACUAGCUUGCCGUUAUGGUCAUGGCAAACUUCUACGACCGCUAAGCCCACAAUAACAGAAAGUGGCAAUCGCUUUACGGCCACAACGAAAGCAUCAGCUUAUCCAAAAACCACUCGAUCGGUGAUAAGCAAUGGGCCCACUACUCGUCCAACUAUUGGGGCGGUUACUAGAGCAACUACUCGGUCCACGACAGCUCGUCCAAAUUUCUACUUAAACACUCACCCAACUACUCGUCCAACAACACGAUCAACUACUCCUCCAACGCGACGUCCAGUUUCAACAACUCACCAACAACAAUCAACAACAGCGAGACCAAUAACAAAAUUCAAUGCAAAGUUUGAGAAAGGAUCAACAACUCAAGUGCAAAAUCAAAAAUCGACCACAGCAAUAACCCUUAAUACAAAUAAAACUACCAUCAGUCCUUAUCGUGCUAAAUAUGAAGAGACCAAGAUCAAAACAGGAGCCAAAACAGUUCUUUCUUAUGAAAUUGGCCAAAACAUAAAUACAACGAGGCCAAAAAGUGCCUUCGAUGUUUACCUGAAUUGGAACAAAAAUUUGGCUGGUAACCACUAGCUUGACACUUUUGAGACUUGUAAAUAUGCGAUAUUGAUCGAUGUAAUACCACUAGUUUAGCAUAAUGGCAAAAUACUCAUGCAUUAUUAAUACGUAAGCCUUAUAAAUAGGAUUUAGAUAAUAAAAUAAAAAUAAAAA